AUGGCGACCACGGCGACCACGGACACCGGCCAAACUGGACGAUUGCGAACCGACCUCGGAUUAGCUAAAUCCAGACUUUCCAAGGCCAUCUCCGAACUGGAAAACUUCAUUAGAACAGUCCCUCCAGUGUUGGACGAUAUCUCAGUGGAAGACCUUGCAAACCAUCGACACCAACUCUCCACUCUUGAUGACAACCUUUUGUCCCCUUACAACGCGAUCACGGAGCUCGAUCGACAAUGGAAAUUGGUGAUGAAAUCCUCAAAGGGUGAGAAAACUGUAUACAACGACUAUAUUCGGAAAUAUGGCUCUCACUUGGAUUCUCUCAAAAAAGCUGCUAAUGUGCAUAAGGAAGCCAAAGCGCUGGUAGCCAAAAUUGAUCAAGUAAUGGAUUCAAAGAUAAUGGAAGCUCCAAUUGUCGAAGAACCCAUCGAAGUCCUGACGCCCAUCGAACCGGGAAGCAGAUCAAUUACGGAUCGUACACAAUCCCUCAGCAUUCGAGACGUUUUUCAUGGUCCAACGCCAACCCCUCGUAAGAUGCCCCAGGCAAACACUGCUGGACAAGUACCCGAAUUCCCCAAUGAAAUUGUACAACCCAGCUCUGAAAUGGUAAAGAGCUCGACAACGACUUCUCAAAUGGAUCCGGUUGGUUUGAACACACAAAUUACACACGCUUAUACACCUCUUCCAUUUAUUCCUUCUCAUUCUCCCAUACCACCUCCCACAGCACACCCAAAUUCAGCUUUGCCCGCAUUUUUUCCGCAAAUAUCUCUCCCUACAUUUGACGGCCAUAGUAAUUUCGAAGCUUUCCAACAACAAUUUAUGGAGUUAGUAGAUAGUCAGACAUCGCACGAGGCCGUGAAACUCAGUAUACUUGUUAAUCAGCUCAAAGGCAGCGCUCGACAUGCAGUAGAAGGUCUUCCAAUUGUCUCGGAAAAUUACAAAAUAGCAUGGGGCUUACUUGUGAAUAGGUUUGGGAACUCGGAACUUAUCCAACAACAGUUAAUAUCAACCCUUCAAAAACAAAUACAACAAUACCGAAGUUAG